AUGGACCUGCGGCGGGCCCAGGUGGUGGCGCUGUCCACGGGCACCAAGUGCAUCAACGGCGAGUACCUGAGCGACCAGGGCCACGUGGUCAACGACUCCCACGCCGAGGUCACUGCCCGCAGGGCCCUGCUGCGCUUCUUCUACGCCCAGCUGGAGCUCUUCCUCAGUAAGAGGCCAGAGGACUGGGAGGAGUCGAUAUUCGUGCGACACAAGGAGAGCGGCUACCGGUUACGGGACGGCGUCCACUUCCACAUGUACGUCAGCACCUCUCCAUGUGGCGACGGCCGGCUCAACUCCCCCUACGAGAUCUCGGCCGAAUUGCACAGCAGCAGGAACCUGGGCCGGAAGCAGCACAGCCACCUGCGCACCAAGAUCGAGUCGGGCGAGGGGACGGUUCCGGUCCGGUCCCGGGGGCCCGUCCAGACCUGGGACGGGGUCCUUCAGGGGGAACAGCUGGUCACCAUGUCCUGCACCGACAAGAUCUCCAGGUGGAACAUCCUGGGGCUACAGGGGGCGCUGCUCAGCCACUUCCUGGAGCCUGUCUACCUGCACAGCGUGACGGUGGGCAGCCUGCGGCACACGGGCCACCUGGGCCGGGCGCUGGCCCUGCGGCAGGAGCGCGUGGGGCCCCUGCCCCCGGCCUACAGGAGCCACCCCCCCCUGCUGAGCGGGCUGAGCAGUGCCGAGGGCCUGCAGCUGGGCAAGGCGCCGUGCGUCAGCGUCAACUGGACCCUGGGAGACGGCCAGCUGGAGGUGGUCAACACGGCCACGGGACGGAGGCGGGACCUGGGCACGCCAUCCCGGCUCUGCAAGCGCGUCCUGUUCGCCCGCUGGAGUCGGCUGCACUGCAAGCUGCUGCUGGGCCAGGCGUGCGACGGCGGCGAGGACCGGCGGCUGAUGUACAGCGAGGCCAAGAUGGCGGCGCGGCCGUACCAGGCGGUCAAGCAGCAGUGGGUGCGCUCGCUGCACGACGCCGGCCUGGGGACCUGGGUGAAGAAGCCCCCCGAGCAGGAGCACUUUCUGUCCUGA